AUGGCCAUUUUGGGUGCGGUCUUCGUCUUGGCUCGAUUCUCCUACAAGAUCUUCUUCGCAGGCCUCGAUAUUGGCUGGGACGACUGGUUCGUCUUGGCCACAUUGAUUGCUGCCAUGCCGAGCGCUAUCAUCACUGUCUACGGAACGACGAAGAAUGGUCUCGGCCGAGAUAUCUACACGCUGACGCCGCAGAUGAUCACCAACGUCUUGUUCUACUUCUACAUCAUGGCUUGGCUGUACUUUUUGCAGGUGACGCUCGUCAAGUUGGCCAUCAUUUUCUUCUACAUGCGAAUCUUCCCUGCCCGAGAAGUGCAGCGGAUGCUUUGGGGAACAACGAUAUUCAUCAUUGUGUGGGGCCUGGCGUUCAUUAUCACCGCCGUCUUCCAGUGCAAGCCUAUCCACUACUUCUGGACCAAGUGGGACGGGCUACACGAAGGCAGUUGUGCGAACGCCAAUGCCAUCAGCUGGUCAAAUGCCGCUAUCAGCAUUGCCUUGGAUUUGUGGAUGCUGGCAAUCCCGUUAUGGCAACUGCGGGCUCUAAGGCUGCACUGGAAGAAGAAGAUCGGCGUCGCGAUGAUGUUCAUCGUGGGGACCUUUGUGACCGUCGUGAGCAUCAUCCGCUUACAAUCUCUCGUCGAUUUCGCCAAAGGCUCUAACCCAACGAUGGACUUCAUGGAGGUCAGCAUCUGGAGCACCAUCGAGAUCAUCGUCGGAAUCAUGUGCGCCUGUCUACCAUCUAUCCGCAUGAUUCUGGUCAAGUUGUUCCCGUCUAUUUCCGGAUCGACAAUCAGGAGCAAGGGUCGUCAGUACUAUCAACAGUACGGGAGCGAUAAUAGGUCCAAGGCCGCUCGCAGCCAGCCCCGAACAGUCGGCGUGGUUACUGUCGAUAGAACGAGCCCGGAUGUCGAUUCUCAGGACCGCCAUAUCAAGUUUCAGAAGACAUUCACAGUCUCAUACAGUGAUAGCGAUGAAGCCAGCCUUGUGCAGAUGACGGACCUGCAGAGGCCAAGACAAGCACAUCAUUAG